AUCCAUACAGAAAAAAAGCGGUGACGCAGUACACACGAGACCGCUAUUCGUCGCUCAGGAAACGGACUGUGCUCGAGACGGAUUGCAUUAUGAACAAUUAUGCAUUGCUACUCAAUUUAAGGACAGGCCAUUUAUUUCAGUUAUAAUGCUUAAUAUUAUUGAGAUAUUAGAUUCCGCGUUAGCAGUGAGCUAGCUAGCUAUCUAUCAAGCAUCUUCUGAUAGUGACAUUUAUGUCUCUGCCUUGUGCUGUGUUCUCCUUCUUGGAAUGGGAUCGCAGACUGAUGUUCCGAACAGCUUAGUGAUUCAAACGAACAAAUCCAGAUCCUCCGUCUCUGAGUGACGCAGCUAUGUAUGUGUUUGGGCCCCAUGGUUGACUGCCAGGUGUGUGUAGUGUUUUUAUUCCCUGUGCUCCUCCAUAGCCAACCCCAGCCCCAUAUCUCCCAGUCCAAAACCCCUGCCUCAUAUCCCCCAGUCCAAAACCCCUGCCUCAUAUCCCCCAGUCCAAAACCCCUGCCUCAUAUCCCCCAGUCCAAAACCCCUGCCUCAUAUCCCCCAGUCCAAAACCCCUGCCUCAUAUCCCCCAGUCCAAAACCCCAGCCCCAUAUCUCCCAGUCCAAAACCCCUGCCUCAUCCCCCAGUCCAAAACCCCUGCCUCAUCCCCCAGUCCAAAACCCCUGCCUCAUAUCCCCCAGUCCAAAACCCCUGCCUCAUAUCCCCCAGUCCAAAACCCCUGCCUCAUAUCCCCCAGUCCAAAACCCCUGCCUCAUAUCCCCCAGGCCAAAACCCCUGCCCCAUAUCCCCCAGGCCAAAACCCCUGCCCCAUAUCCCCCAGUCCAAAACCCCUGCCCCAUAUCCCCCAGUCCAAAACCCCUGCCCCAUAUCCCCCAGUCCAAAACCACUGCCCCAUAUCCCCCAGUCCAAAACCCCUGCCCCAUAUCCCCCAGUCCAAAACCCUAGCCCCAUAUCCCUCAGUCCAAAACCCCUGCCCCAUAUCCCUCAGUCCAAAACCCCUGCCUCAUAUCCCCCAGUCCAAAACCCCUGCCCCAUAUCCCCCAGUCCAAAACCUCUGCCCCAUAUCCCCCAGUCCUAGCCCCAGCCCGCUUAACCCUGUGUCAAGAGUAUUUUGCUUGAACUAUCCCCUGUCUAAGUCCUAGCCCCAGCUCCAAACCCGUGCCCCUUUUCCCCUAGAUCCUUCUCCUUCCUUUCCUCACACCAGCCCCCUUGCCCAUUCAAUUCAAAUCACCCACUUCCAGACCUAGCACCAGCCCCACUCCCAACCCUGUUCCCCCAGCCACACACUCUAUCCGCCAGCCCAACGCUCUAUCCCCUACCCCUCUCUCCUGGCCCACCACCAUCUAUCUUCAGCCCACGUCCAGCCCCCGUACCAUGCUGGGGAGAAACAUGUCCCAGAAGCUGAGUGGGCUGCUGAUAAUCUUGGGGCUGGCGUGGGGGCUCAUGUUGCUGCGCUACACCGUGCAGCAGCCGCGCCACAAGAGCAGUGGCGAGCUACGCCAACAGAUCCUGGAGCUGAGCCGGCGAUAUGUCAAGGUGCUCAACGAGGAGAACCAGAACACACUGGGAGGACCGCAGGGCCCCUCCAUGGCCGGUUAUGCUGAUCUGAAGAGGACCAUAGCAGUGUUGCUGGACGACAUCCUGACGCGCCUGGUCAAGCUGGAGGGGAAGAUGGAGCUGGUGGCCAACACUUCAGCCACUAACUCCUCCCAUCCUGCAGCAGGCUCCCUGGCCUCAGCUCCAGUUGCCUUACACAAGCAGGACACGCCAGGCAACCACCGCCUGGAAACGCCUCGCCUCCCUCCACAAACACCCAACAGACCUCGCCCAGGGGUAUAGUACUGUGGGUAGUGAUUGAGGCCUUGUUCAAGUAAAAAGUGCAUCCUUUCUUCUUUAGGUAGUCACUGAUCUAAUAAGGAUGGUCAGGUGGUAACUUUCCUUUCGCUUAUCCAUUCAUUUACAGAUCAGUGAUUAGCUCAUGGGAGGAAGAAAAGAGUGAGGAUGUAUUCUAGAUCAUUUAAAACGAACCUAACCCUGAGAAAGGACUGACUGCCUGUACCUUUCCAAUAACUACUUGGCUGAUUGACAUUUUUUUACAUAGACAUUUGAGCAUCUUUUUUAAUACUCUCAGUCAUGGACUCUUAGGCAUACAUUUUAGAUUCCCUAAUUGUUUUUUCAUGAAAGGGUCUACAAACUGCGGCUGUCUUUGAGGAUGUCUGUGGGCAGCAACAAAGCAUCAACAACAGUAGAGGAAAUGAACAAACGUUUGUACUCUGUGGAGUCUUCAAGGAAGCUGAUGAUGAAUAUGAAUGGCACAGCCACCCCAAUAUUUUAUCCCUUGGACAGACCGACUACGAAUUUGCUGUACUGCUUCUUUAAAUCUCAUCCAUAUCAGAAGUUGCUCAACUAAACAAUGCACUCAUGGUAGUUUUGGAAAUUAUGUAUUUGAGUUUGCAGAAGCUCCUGGUGUUAAUAUGUAGAUUUGAAGAGUCCCUUUUUAGCUGUUUUAUAUAUAUAUCAUAUAUAUAUAUAUAUAUAUAUAUAUGAUAUAAAAAAAACUAUUUAGCUGUUGUACAGUAGACUUUUUUUUUAAAGGAUAAAAGUGAUAAUCCAAAGAAUUUUAUUUGCACUCUCCUUGAAGGCUUCAAAAAUGUAUUUUUACUUUAAUUUUAAAUGGUGUAUAACAAGUCGAAUGUAACUGUCUAUAAGCAGAUGAUUACCAAGUGGUUACAAUUGAUCAAUUCCAACUUCAUCUCUAUCCUCUUUGUCAGUACCCAGACUGUUAGACCUUGUUGAUUCCCCUUGCAGAUACGAAUGGUUAGGGCCAGGACUUUUUCCUGACUGACCAGUAAAAAAUCUUAUCCCAAUCAAUGUACAACCUGUUUUUUGUCUCAGUUUAGCCCUCUGAUGAAGUUGCUUGUCUAUUUCUUCCACAUAUCAGUCUGAGCUCACAUUACACAGCGAUUGUUGGGGGAUGUCCUAAAAAUAGUGGGCUAACCUAAUGUUUAUACUUUUAACUUAUGGGACUGCCUGUCUAUGGAACACCCUUACCCCCUUUACUACAAACCAUUGGCUGCAUCCUGAUUCUCCACCCUUACAGAAAUGUGCACUUAAACAUGAUCUUUCAAAUCAAAGUUGAUUUGUCACAUGCCCCGAAAAUAACCGGUAUAGGACCUUACUGUGAAAUGCUUACUAUCAAGCCCUUAACCAACAAUGCCGAUUUUCUUUUUAAGUAAGAAAAUAUUUAAACAAAAUAAUGUAACACAACAACAAUAAAGAGGCUAUAUACAGGG